AAACACCCAGACUCUCUGUUCCAGGAUAUCGUUACCGCGCACAGUUUGUUCUGAGCGACCAUAUCAUUUCCGGCAUCUUCGCCUACCUCCACCAAAAUCUACGUCCAAGGUCUGAAGGCCAUCUUCAAUCCUUCCUAUCUCCCAUUCCCCGUCUGUGCCCCAUUCCACGCCGAUCAUGUCAUCCCCGGUUGAAGAGGAAGCCACGAUUUCUAUUCCGAGCCUCGCCUUUGUCGCCGUCUUGGGCUACUUUAUCUAUCGAUAUUUCUUCUCUGCGCCCAGGGAUGGCCCAGACGGUAGCCCGUCAUCGUCAUCGAGGAAUAAUGGACUUCGCUUUACGCCGGCGCAAGUCGAGCAGAUAGCCCAAAUGUUCCCGCAAUUGAACCGGAGAGAUAUCAUGUGGGAUCUGCACCGCAACAGAGGAAGUGUGCAGGCUACGACGGAGAGAGUUUUGACUGGCCAUGGGCUAGAUCCCGCGCCGCCGUCGUUCCAACCACCUAUCUCAUUCACGAAUCCACCUGCAAACACUACAAACUCAUCUACAACGCCACCCUUAAAGUCACUCCCGCCCGAUCUGAUCACGCGGUACAACCUCCAAGCCAAAGUAAAUGCAAAGGGCAAAGAAAAGGAGGAAGACUCACCUGCGCCGGGUUGGGCGAGUAGCAAAGAAGCCCGCCAGAAAAUGUUGCAGCGAAGACGGGACGAAAUGAUCCUGGAGGCCAGAAGAAAGCUGCAGGAGAGGGAUCAAGGAACGCCCGCUUUUCCGUCUUCAUGACACUUUCCGGCUUCUGCCUUGCACAGCUCUUCGUUGUGAACAAAUUCCGUUCAGGGCGACACACCCCGCAGAUUAAAUGAUACGCAGGAUCUCCGAGAUGAGUCUUGUUGAUAUAGGCGCGAUUGGGUCCAGUGUGUCGUACACAAAACACACUUGGGCUGGAAGUUUGCAGCAGUGGCCGACUGUUAAAGUUGUUGGCUCUUCUUUGGUCUGGGGAUGUUGCUUUCCUGGCGAUUCUUGAAAUAUCCCUCUAAUGAUUUGGAUGUCCAUAACUCAAUAUACAAUUUUUCUCAUACAUUUUGAACAAGUACUUUAGGUCAUUUCGUCGUC